CAGGAGCAGAGGUAGGAGCGAAGGACAAGGCAGGGAAGACGAUGGUGCACUGGGCGGCGGAGUAUGGGCAUGUGAAGGUGCUGAAGACGGUAGAGGAAGAAUGCGGGAAAGAGACUCUGAGGACUUUGAUGAUGGAGAAGGACAAUGACGGCAAGACAUGCGCGCACUAUGCGAGUGAGGGAGGGCACUUGGAGGUAGUGCGGUAUGCUGUAGAGACAUGCGGGGAGGAGGUGCUGAGGGAGAAGGACAACGCCGGCUGGACAUGCGCGCACUAUGCGAGCGAGGGAGGGCACUUGGAGGUAGUGCGGUAUGCUGUAGAGACAUGCGGGGAGGAGGCGCUGAGGGAGAAGGACAAAGGCGGCAUGACUUGCUUCACUUUGGCUGAUAACUCAGAUGUCGAGGAUUAUCUUAGAGGUUUAGGUAUCGACUAGUCUCAGACUGAGCCAACAAGCUGCAGCCAUAGAAAUCGCUCUCAUACCUAUCAGAGCCCUAGUAAAAGCGAGCUCACCUC